CCACGGUGACAAAACUUCAGAGUGGCUAAAUAUAGAACUGAGACUUUACUAGGGCAAAACCCAGUUGACGACCAUUGAAAUACAGAAGUGGGGACGUUUAGAAAACUGUAUCUCAACAGGACACGUGAUCGCACCACGCUGGGUAUAUGGCUAUGGCGAACUUUGCUCCACCUAGCACCGUCGACUUCACCGACACCUACCUGACCUGCAGAAUCUGCUUCGGUGCGUUCCAGACGCCCAAAACCCUCACGUGCCUGCACACAUUCUGCCGAGACUGCUUACAGAAGUGGAUAAACGGAAGGACGGAUGCUUACAAGAGGAGAGGAUUCACUUGCCCCGUCUGCCGUCAGUUUGCCACAGUCGCUAACCCAACAGCAGGCUGGGCUGACGAGAUACCCACUGACUUCCGACUUAAGGCCAUGCUCGAAGAUACCUCACUAGCUGAUGGUUCAACCGACAAUACGACCAGGGUACGAGUGAAGAUUCCAGCACCACACCGGCAGUUUGCGUCGUUUAAGACCAUAGAGGCCAACACCCAUACCGAUACAUACAGACCACGGAUACUCGACAUCGUCGUCUUGUUCCAGAAAGACACCGACGUCACAGUCGUCUGCGAUCAGACCAACGCAUGCGUAAAAGCGUUUUGGUUCGACGCGGCCAACAAGAAGGAGAUGAGGAGUGUACUAGGGACGGCACAAAACAAGGAGAACUUCCCGGCAAGGCUAGGGAAGAUAACCGAGAAGAACGUGGUGGUCUCGCUGUACAAGACUAAGAAGAUCAUCAUACUGGACGUGGGUCCGCAGUUGACUCAUAACAGAACCAUCGACCUGGGAACUUUCUGUUGGUGUCUCUGUGCAGUGAAAGUAGAAACCAGUUCGAGAAUGGAGACGAGACUGGCCGUAAGUUCCUCCGCGAGGGAUCUCUCCGUCGUCGACCUGGAAGGCGUUGCCGUGACGUUCAUGAACGUCAGUUUCACUGGCAAAACCUAUCUGGAAGAGCCGCACUACUUGAACACCACGCCCUCCGGUGACGUCAUCGUUUCGGAUUUUGGCGCCAACUCACUGAUUUGCGUCAGCAGGGACAUGAAAGUGCAGUGGAGGUACAAGCUCGAUUGCCCUGGCGGCGUUUGCUGCGACGAAGAAGGAUUCACGUACUUUGCGGACUAUAGGAACUACAGAGUGGGUUUGCUGUCGCCCUCGGGAGAGUUCGUCAAGACCGUACUGUCGUCCAGUGAUGACGUCAAAUGGCCGACCGGUGUAUACUACGACAGGCUGAGUGAUCGACUCUACAUAGCACAGUCCGGCGGCUUGAUUAGGAUUUUCCAACAGAUAACUUAAAUGUCUUGAUCAGGAUUUUCCAACAGAUGAGGAUUUUCCAACAGAUGACUUAAAUGUCUUAAUCAGGAUUUUCCAACAGAUGACUUAAAUGUCUUGAUCUGGAUUUUCCAACAGAUGACUUAAAUGUCUUGAUCAGGAUUUUCCAACAGAUAAUUUAAGUGUCUUGAUCAAGGUUUUCCAACAGAUGAAUUAAAUGUCUUGAUCAGGAUUUUUCAACAGAUGACUUAAAUGUCUUGAUCAGGAGGAUUUUCCAACAGGUGACGUAAAUGUCUUGAUCAGGAUUUUCCAACAGGUGACUUAAAUGUCUUGAUUAGGAUUUUCCAACAGAUGACUUAAAAGCAUUUUUCAGGAUUUUCCAACAGAUAACUUAACAGGCUUGAUCAGGAUUUUCCAACAGAUAACUUAAAAGGCCUGAUCAGGAUUUUCCAACAGAUAACUUAACAGGCCUGAUCAGGAUUUUCCAACAGAUAACGUAACAGGCUUGAUCAGGAUUUUCCAACAGAUAACUUAACAGGCUCGAUCAGGAUUUUCCACCAGAUAACUUAACAAACAGCCUUGAUCAGGAUUUUCCAACAGAUCACUUAAAAGGCUUGAUCAGGAUUCUCCACCAAAUAACUUAAAACGAUUGAUUACAGAUCACUCCAUGAGCUCAAUACAAUCAAUAUA